UCUGCCAUAUUUGGUCUCGAUCGCUACUGGCCUCGAUCUCGACAGGCACCUCGAUUCUCGAACUCGAUACCUUGUCUUCGUGCUCUGUUAAAUGGAGCAGGAUUUGACAGAGCUGCUUUCUUUAGAUCAGGAGAAGCAAACUUCUUCUCAUUCAUCUUCAUGAUUCCAAUUAAAAGUAGACCAAAGGGUGGCCACGUUACCAUGCCUUUUAUUAUAGCAAACGAGGCAUUGGAGAAAGUGGCAAGCUAUGGGCUUUUACCAAAUAUGACAUUCUAUUUGAUGAAUGAUUAUAGGAUGGAGGUUACUACUGCUCAAAAUUUACUGUUUUUCUGGUCAGCAGCUACAAAUUUCUUGCCUUUAGUUGGUGCUUUUGUUGCUGAUUCAUAUCUGGGUCGUUUCCUUGCCAUUGGCCUUGGUUCCAUCUUCAGUUUCCUGGUAAUUUACAUUUCGGUCUUGAACGUGAACUUAUAUUAUAAGCUGCAUUUGCCUCCGCUUAUGCUUGCACUCUUUGUUGCAGGCGAUCAAUUAGGGCAGGCUUGUAAAUCUGCAACAGCUUCGCAAUACAUGCUCUUGGUCUUUUCAUUUCUGCUCAUGUCAAUUGGUGCUGGUGGUAUAAGACCAUGUUCUUUAGCCUUUGGUGCUAACCAGUUUGACAAGAGAGAUAAUCCCAACAACCAAAGGGUGUUAGAAAGCUUCUUUGCCUGGUAUUAUGCUUCAUACAUAGUCUUUGUUCUGAUUGCACGGACAGGUAUCGUUUACCUUCAAGAUAAGAUGGGCUGGAAAAUAGGUUUUGGAGUUCCUGCAAUUCUCAUGUUCUUAUCCGCGCACUUUUUCUUCCUUGCUUCUCCGUUUUAUAUCAAGGAAAAGGUUCGCUCAAACUUGUUUGGCAGCUUUAUUCAAGUAAUGGUGGUUGCCUACAAGAAUAGGAAACUCCCAUACCCUACUCAGAAUUCUGAUUACCAUCACAAGAAUGGUUCAGAACUUCAAGUGCCAACGGAGAAACUGAGAUUCUUAAACAAAGCUUGCAUUAUUAACAGCCCUGAAGAUGUUAAGCCAAAUGGAGUUUCAGUCAAUUCAUGGAACCUUUGUACAGUGGAGCAAGUUGAGGAGCUAAAAGCCCUCAUUAGGAUCAUGCCAUUGUGGUCGACGGGGAUCAUGAUAUCAAUAAACUUGAGCCAAGUGUCAUUCCCUUUGCUACAAGCUCAAUCCAUGGAUAGACAUCUAACGAAAAAAUUUCAAAUUCCAGCUGGCUCAUUUGGUAUUUUUCUUAUGAUCGCAUUAACACUUUGGGUUUUUCUCUAUGACCGUGUGAUCCUUCCAUUGGCAUCGAAAAUCAGAGGAAGAGCAGUUCGUCUAACACCUAUAGUCAGAAUGGGGAUUGGUAUAUUCGUCUCUUGCAUGUCUAUGUUAGUCUCUGGUAUCGUGGAACAUGUUCGACGAAGAAGAGCAAUAAGCCAAGGGCUCUUGAACAACCCCGAGGGGUUGGUGGAAAUGUCAGCUAUGUGGCUCAUACUGCAAAAUAGUUUAAAUGGAAUAGCAGAGGCAUUCAGUGCAAUCGGCCAGACAGAGUUCUAUUAUUCUGAGCUCCCGAGUAGUAUGUCAAGUCUCGCAUCUGCACUCUUAGGACUAGGAAUGGCAGUGGCAAAUCUAUUAGCAAUUGUUAUCCUGAGUGCUGUGGAUAAGUAUACCAAAGGAGAUGGGAAAGAGAGUUGGGUUUCAAGCAGUAUCAACAAGGGUCACUAUGAAUAUUACUACUGGCUUCUUGCUAUUAUGACAUCUUUUAAUCUGCUUUAUUUUAUGAUUUGUAGCUGGGCAUAUGGACCUUGUGCUAACAUUGACAUCACUAAGAGAAUGUUAGAGGUUAGUGAUGAUGAUGAUCUGCCACAGGAGAACGUACCUAUUCUACAAGGAAAAUGA